AUGGCGUUCCUUUUUAAAUCGAAGAAGAGCCAGGAUCGAGCUCUGGCAAGUCGCGACGCAAAUUCGGGCGGUGGCGGCUCCCAGAGCUCCAUUCAGAGUGCCAGCGCCAGAAUAGCGAGAGAAGAGAAGAACGCUACCCAACGCUCGACACCCACGGGUAGCGUCAACUCAAUCGAUCAUGAUGGAAGCGCUGGAGCUGGGAGCCCCGACGUAGGCUACGCCCGUCAGCGAGGUCCCAGCGUGGACCAGACUUCGUCGCAACCGCCUUCGAGCGACCUGCCUCUUCGAAAUGGCCCCCCAGUUUCCCAGCAGAAUGUUUCUCCCCAGCAACAACAAAUGAUGAACCCAAAUGCGUCGCUCUACCCUUGGUCACAACGACGACUGACCUACACAUCAUCACACCCGAGUCCCUUCCCCAGAUAUGGUGCUGCCGUCAACUCAGUUUCGUCCAAGGAGGGCGACAUCUACGUGAUGGGCGGUUUGAUCAACAGCUCGACGGUCAAGGGCGACUUAUGGAUGAUCGAGGCUGGGCAGAACAUGGCCUGCUACCCCCUUGCGACUACUGCUGAGGGACCAGGCCCAAGAGUCGGUCACGCAAGUCUGCUUGUCGGCAAUGCCUUCAUCGUCUACGGCGGUGACACCAAGGUCGACGAGAUGGACGUUCUGGAUGAGACGCUGUACCUCCUCAACACAUCCACGAGACAAUGGUCUAGAGCACUUCCCUCUGGCACAAGACCCUCUGGUCGUUAUGGCCACUCCCUCAACAUUCUCGGCUCCAAGAUUUACAUCUUUGGUGGCCAGAUUGAGGGCUACUUCAUGAACGACCUCUCCGCUUUCGACCUCAACCAGCUGCAGAUGCCCAACAACCGAUGGGAGAUGUUGAUCCAGAACACCGACAGUGGAGGGCCGGCUGUGGGCAAGAUUCCCGCUGCCAGAACCAACCACUCCGUGGUGACGUUCAAUGACAAGAUGUACCUCUUUGGUGGUACGAACGGAUACCAAUGGUUCAACGACGUUUGGUGCUACGACCCUGCCACGAACGAAUGGUCGCAACUGGACUGCAUCGGCUACAUCCCAGUUCCUCGCGAAGGCCACGCCGCAUCGUUGGUGGACGACGUGAUGUACAUCUUUGGUGGACGCACAGAGGAAGGAGCCGACCUCGGUGAUCUUGCCGCUUUCAGGAUUACAUCGCGCCGCUGGUACACCUUCCAGAACAUGGGGCCAUCGCCCUCUCCCCGUUCAGGUCACAGUAUGACUACUGUUGGGAAGGCAGUAGUGGUAGUUGGAGGCGAACCGAGCUCAUCCCCUGCGAGUGUUGGCGAUCUCGGCAUCGUCUAUAUGCUGGACACCACCAAGAUUCGUUACCCGAACGAUGCCCAGGCCCAGCAACAGACAGCCGGACAAGGGCAACAGCCAGCAAGGGUGCAAGGAUCACGGAGACCCAGCGUCGCUGCCGACACGAGGAACAUGAUACCCCGUGACGGUUCCAACGGGCCACCUGAGCAAAAGAGACUGAUGGGGGCAGCUCGCGAUCCAUCUGCGGUGAACAGCCCUCCCAACGGUCACAGGGGUGGACCCAACGGAACAGAGACAAACAAUAACCCAGCCGCCAUUAACAACAUGUCUAAGUUGCCGAGAUCUGCUGCAGCCUCACCUCCCGCUGGACCGCCCCCUCAGGGACCCACGCCUGCGAAACCUUCAGUUCAGACUUCGAAUUUGGGUCGUAUUCGUGGACAGUCUUCAGAAAGGGACGGUUCUGCUGGCUCUCCCCAGUUGAAUCAGUCGCCAGUUAUUCGGGAAGUUAUCAAAGAGGUCGCAUCCAAGGAAUCGGAGAGCCCGGUAACGAACGGUCGACGAACGCCACAGCAGCAAGUCAAGAGAACAGGCUCACAGUCUGAGACAGGUCCUACUGAGGCAGCCAAGACCAAGUCGAGGCAAGGGAGCCGCUCUGGAAACUCUGUGGACAGCACGACAGAACCUGGUCUGAAGGCGGUUCAGCCUCAACCCCAGCCCCAAGUUCAACCCCAAGUCCAACCUCAGGUCCAACCCCAGGUUCAACCUGAAAUUCAACCUCAGCCGCAGCUUCAGCCGCCGCCAUCGCAACCGCAACCGCCCCCGCCCCAACAACAGCAGCAGCAACGGACCCCACCGCAGCAGCCAUCACCGCAAAUGCAGCAGCAGGUGUUGCAAGCGCAAGCGAAUCGGCCCGCAUCUCCACCACCCCCCGCUGCUCGUCAACCAAGUAAUCCGUUAAACCGAAGAUCCUCGGGUCGUAACUCGCAGACUGUGGCUUUGCUGAAGGAAUUGGAUACGGCCAGGAACCGCAAUGCCUGGUAUGCCUCAGAGCUUGAGCUUGCGCGAAAGGCGGGUUAUGUUCCCAACGCAAGUCUCAGUCCCGUUCUUGACAGCAGGGCCGCGGAGACGUUCGACGAUGAAGAUAAGCCCCUCAUAGAGGCGCUCUUGGCUAUGCGCACUGAACUCGCCAAUGUUCAGGCAUCGGUCGACAAGCAAGCAAUCCUCGCCGCGAAGCAGAUCGCAGAAGCCGAGAAGCAGCGAGAUGCUGCCAUACAAGAAGCUGUGUACGCCAAGGCCAAGCUCGUUGCCCAAGUAGGCGGCAGUGUUGCAAGCACUCCCCAGCUUGAUGGUGAGCGCGACGUCGAUGAUCGGUCAACCGAAAUCAGUCGCAAAUUGGCCACUGCUCUCAACUACCAAAAAGACCUUCAAGCCCAGAUGGAAAUGCUGAAGUCCGAGCUUGAGGCCGAGAAGCGCGCCCGCCAGCUUGCGGAUGACACCACGAACGCUUCCCAAAAGCGUAUGAGCGAGCUUGAAUCGUACAAAACCAUGACCUCGACGGAUUUAGAGCAACUGAAGGCUGAGCUGCACAUGGUUCAGAAGGAAGCAAGAGAACAGGCAGUUCAGUAUACCGAGGCCAUGGCGUCUAUGCAGCUCUUGAAGGUCGAGAGGGCAGACUUCGAGAAGAAGUACAACGAAUCCGUCGGCACCUCUAAAGAGCAAAACGAUACUUUCGACUCUCUCCGCCAAGCAAUGGCAGCAUCUGCGGAAAUCAAGGCUCAUCUCGAGAGCAAAUUGGAGGAGGAGCGCUCACAACGAGAGAACCUAGAGGUCAAGCUUAACAAACUGAAGGCAGAACACGAGACUAGGACGUCCGAACUCGUAGCAGCGACCCAGAGAUUGAGAGAUGCCGAGGAGCUUGCUGAGAAGCAUGCAAAUGAGGCCAAAACACAUCAACAGGCUGUGCUUGCCGGCUUUGACAAGGUUUCCGCCAGGAACAUUGGAGCCGACGGUAAUGCUGACUCGGAGAAGCUCAAGGCUUUGCAGGACCAACUCAAUGCCGCCAACGCCCUGGUCAAGAAGUACCAGCAAGAGGCAGACUCUGCGGCGGACAAGCUUCGCACUGCUGAGGAGCGCAUUGCCGGUUUGGAGGUUUACCAAGAGCAGUCCAGUCGCGAGGGCGUUGCCAUUAGAAGACAGCUUCAGGCGGCGCUGCGGGAAACUCAGUCUCUGCAGGCUAAGAACUCAGACCUGAAGCACCAGCUCCAGAACCAGCAGUUGGAGACCAACGCAAUGACGGUACAACACAACACCCUGAAGGACAUUCUUGUCGAGCGUGGUAUCAGUCCCACAAACGUGGCUCGGACACGCAGCAUUGGAAGCCCUAGAGUAAACACCCCCGAGCAAGCACGCAUUCGCGACCUGGAGGACCAACUCUCUGCCGCCACUACCGCGCACGAAGAGAACGCCCAGCGCGCAGCCGCGCAGCAAGAGGCCACCGAAGCCGCUUACCGCGAAAAGCUCACUCAGCUCGAGAACGACUACCAGUCUGCCGUGCACUACGUCAAGGGUACCGAAAAGAUGCUCAAGCAGUUGAAGGAGCAGCUGGCUAGAUACAAGGCGGAGAACACUCGACUCAAGUCCGAGAUCGAGGAGCUUGAGGAACGCGUGGAGUCCUCGGCGUCAAACGUGGGUGGUGCCGCCCCUGCCAACUGGGAGAGCGAACGUCACAUCCUUCAGGAGAAGAUUGAGAGCCUCGAGGAAGAUCUCCAAGCCUCGACCGAGCAGCUCGAGCAACAGCUGAACAUCGUCCGGAAGGAACUGGAGGACAGCAAGAAGCAACGCGAGGGCGCCUUGAAGGACGCCGAAGAGUCUUCUCGCAAGCUGGCCGCCAACCGCCGCGACUUGGAGGAGCUUCAGCAGGAGAACAGCUUGCUGGAACGCCGCGCUCAAGAUGCCGAGCAGAAGGUCUCUCUUCUUCUGGACCAGGUCGAGUCAUCUGUUGAUAGCUACCGCCGACAGAGCAGACAAGCUCCGAGCAUGACCUCCGAGGUGACCGCUGGAGGCACCAACGGAAACAGCAUCGGCCACCAGCGACAAGACAGCUCAGACGCCGAAAGCACUUACGGCGGUACCUCGAGCGGUGUGGAUGGCCGCAAUAGCACUGCGUUGGACAACCUGGCUAAUGAACUCGAGACCCUGCGCACCCAUUGGGAAGCUACCAACAAGAACUAUCGUCUCAGCAACACUUUUGACUUCGAGGGCGCCGCCACUCCCACAAGAAAAGACGACGAGGUCGGUUUGGGUCUUAGCGAGAGCCUUGCCGACUGGCGGAAGCGUCUUGACGUCGACGAACAGGCGGAUAGUGACCGAGCGAAGACCAAAAGCCGACCCGAUCGGCCCUAG